UACGUCGGCAUUAACGCCUAUUUUUGUCAAAUUAUCUGUGUUCUGUGGUUCUAAAUGUCAUUGGUCAUUGGUUUGUUUAUUCUUUUCAUUGGUGCCAAGGAAAAUAUGGCGGCAGCUAUUUUCGAUUUUCCGAUUUGGCUAAAUAAAAAAUUGAGAGAACUUAACACAGACGAGACUGUUUUUGGCUCCUACAUUGAAGGAAUACUAGACAGCGAUGAGACCACCGAAGAAAAAAGCGAAGAUCUCCAAGGUUUACUUUCAGAAAUAGUUGAAAACGCAAACGAUAUUGCUGAAAUAUGUGAGGAAAUUCUAGAACACUGGCAAAUGUUCAGGCCUAAAGAACAAGUGCACCAAAUGUCCAGUGAGGAAGUGAACAUUAAACUUGCAAAACUACUUGAAUCUCAAUCCUUGGCCACAGUGAAACAAAAAGAGUACACUGAAGAGGAUAAGAAAAUUAAAGAAGCGAUUCUUUCUCAGUAUAGUGAAAUGACAGACGAUGAAAACGAGCAGGAAGAUGGAGUUGUACAAGAGAGUGAGGGUACUCUGGAGAAAAACUUGAAUGCUCAAACUGUGGCUGCUGCUGAAAGAAAUAAGAGGGAACAAGCUAGGUUAGAUAGUCAGAAGAAAAAAGAAAAAGAUAAGGAAGACAGGAAUAAGCAGAAACAAUUGAAAGAAGAAAAGAAGGAGAAACGGAAAACGGUUAAAGGAGAGAGGAAAAGAAAUAUGAGUGCUCCAUUAUUAUUCGCAUGUUCUCGUUGCUUUGCCCGGCAUCCAUAUGAAGAACUAUCUGUCGGACAGCAGCUGUGCAAAGAGUGCCGUGGGGCUUUUCCAGUCGUGAAGUGCACCUAUUGCCGCUCGGAAUUCCAACAAGUUUCAAAGGGUAACACAAGCACAAUUUGCAAAAAGUGUGAACAAAAUGUAAAGUCCUAUGGAAAACCAACUGCCUGCGAGUAUUGUAAUAUAAUAGCGGCGUUCAUUGGUAAUAAAUGCCAACGAUGCACAAAUUCGGAGAUCAAGUAUGGGCCACCAGUUAACUGUGAACAAUGCAAGCAAAAGUGUGCUUUUGAUAGACAUGAUGAUGACAAAAAAGUGGAUGGAAAACUGCUUUGCUGGCUAUGCACACUAUCAUUCAAGAGAGCAUUGGCAAAAACCAAGCAAGGUGAUGCAGAACGUAGAGCACAUAUGAAGAUGUCUCAGCUGCAUAAGAAGCACAAGGAACCCAAGUUGAGAGGUCACAAUAAGAGACCUAACCGUCCAGAUGUAACUAAGAUUCCUCCUCCAGAAGAACCCCCAAAUAAAGUGUCUAGGAAUAACAUGGCACCUGGUAUUAUGAGAGGGGAUGUGGAUCCUAACAGCUCUGAUCAUGUUGUGGCUAUGACUCAGCUCAAAGAAAAAAUUGCAAGUCUUCAGAAGCAGCUGUCCCAGAAAAACUCAGAACUAUUGAACAAAGACAAAACAAUUACUGAGCUCAAAGCAAACAAUUUUACAACAGAAAAUGAGCUGAGACACAAGCUGAAAUCCAUGCAAAAAGAACAAGAAGACAAAGUGGACUUUUUGAACAACAGAAUAUCUGGCUUGUUGAAAGAAGUGGCAGGUCUCUCUAAGACUGCCAAGAAAGGCAAGGGGGCUUCUUUGGUGGCAAAUGCAUCGGGAGACAACAAUAGCAGUGGCACUGACAGCCCUAGUAUUCCAUAAUUUCAUGGAAGAAUAUGAUAUUGAGGGUAUUGUGCCCUGAUGUUCUUCUGAUGCUAGUAAUACCUCUAUUUUGAAUAUCAUUGAGAUGGUAAGCAUGAGUUUUGAAAGCAUUGUUAAUUUUUUUGUGCAAAUAUAUUCAACAUCUUUCAGAUAACAUU